GCCCCGCCCCCCGCCCCGCCCCGGGCCCCGCCCACCUCCCCGCCCCCCGCUCCGCCCGACGCCGUCGGCGCCAUGGACAAGGCCGCUCAAGGGAAAUUGGACUCACUGGACCUUGCCGAGUUCACAAAAAAGCAACCAUGGUGGCGUAAACUCUUUGGUCAGGACUCCGGACCCUCUACUGAGAAAUACAGUGUAGCAACACAGUUGGUGAUCGGAGGGGUCACUGGAUGGUGCACAGGUUUCAUAUUCCAGAAGGUUGGAAAGUUGGCAGCAACAGCAGUUGGAGGGGGAUUUUUUCUACUUCAGAUUGCAAAUCAUUCUGGCUACAUCAAAGUGGACUGGCAGAGGGUGGAGAAGGACAUGAAAAAAGCUAAAGCACAGUUGAAAAUCCGCCAAAGCAACCAACUGCCCACAGAAGUCAAAAGCAAAGCCGAGGAGGUGGUUUCAUUCGUGAAGAAGAACGUUCUCGUGGCAGGAGGCUUUGUCGGAGGAUUUCUGCUCGGCAUGGCUUCGUAGGAGGAAGACAUCCGUACCUCCAUUUUUCAGGCUGCGUUGUCCAGGCUCCGUUGCCCCCAUCUCCCUUUUCUCCUUUCCCACCGCUCUUAGUAAAGAGAGAGUGUUCCCAACCGGUUGUCAUCACAAAUUCUGCUGGCCUCUUUGGUCAAACCGACUUUUUCUGAGACUGGUAAAUCUCUGUUGGCUUCUUUUCAUUUACUCCAGUAGCCGCAGUCGCCAGUCUUGUCAGUGGGGUACCUCCGUCUCCCCGCCGCCCUCUCCCCUCCGUCCGAAAGCCAGUUACACAUGGCUUCCUAAACUUAUCUGUGGCACAGGAUAACUGAUGUGUGGCCGUAAUUUCAGCCGUACGGUGUUGGAAAGAAUAGUCGGCAUCCUGUCUCUCUUAGGAAAACACUGUCUGCGGUCCCUGCUUAUGUAAAUGCUGCUGUGUGGUCAGGUAUUCUCUAGUAACAGGCAAGAUCAAGUUUCCUCCCCUCACAGAUUUCCUAUUGGAUUGUGUGCUCGAAAGAUGUCUAACUGUGGAGAUGAUUCAUCCACAAAGAUUGCCUCUCUUUAGUUGGAUCAGAAACUGACAGGCAGAUAAAUGUCACGCAAACACAUCCUACGUGGUGGAGGGUGUGAGUACAUUUGCCAUUAAUCCUGCAAUGUUGUGGUGGACUUGCCUUGCUCUUGCUUCUUCACUUGGUGUCAGUCUGCAGGCAGCUAUUUGGCAUCUGCUGAGUUAUUUAUAUCGUUACUGGAACUCCUCUAUUGACACCGUGUUUGGAAACUCUGAAUGUUCUCUGGAGCUUUCCCAAAGACAUACCCCGUGUAUAUAUAUGAAUGUUUUAUUGUGACUUUCAAAAUGUAUUUUUCACCACAAAACGCGAAUUUUCUUUCCAUCUGCAGAAGGGAUUUAUAGCCGGCACAGCCGAUGAAAAGUAUUCAGAAGUUUUAUUUUCACUGCAGGUAGAAUGCUCAAAGGCUUAAUUGCCCAGAUGGAAAUCUCAACUCCACUCAAACAGUACCACGACAUGUUAUUUUAAGGAUUUUUUUUCUUUGAAUGGUCAUGAAAAAUAAAGGAAAUGUUACGUUUGUCUGGCAUUCUGAGGAAAUAAAAAAGCUGGUACUUAUCUUGUUGUGUAGCAAGUGAUAUAAUCGAAUUUUCAUUGAGGAAAUAAAUGGUUAAACUAACCAAGGUAACGUCUCAUUAGGCAACAAAAUGCUUCAGCGGAGGUAGAUUUUUCUUUAGCCCAUAUGUGAACAGGGCCAGAAAAAGUGUUGACUUUCCUGAAAGUAAUUCCCAGAGGCAACAUGAGACUCUUCCCUUGAAGAAAACUGACUCCUGAAGAGUACUUAUGGAGCAGUUCAAAAACUUACUAAAAUGAACCUAGAUGUCUCUAGCUUCAUUUUCAUAUCUAUCUCCAUAGCUUUUUGAGAACUGAGGCUGCCUUUGUGUGGGUCACAACUUAUUAAGCAUUGCACUUUUCUCCAUUUGUUUUAAAUUGCAAUAACCUGUUCUUAAGGCAUUGUGUUAUUUUACAAGCAUUGGAUUUAAGCACAGGGUACACCUGAAAUCAGGUCAGGAACUCCUGUGUUAGAGACCUGUAUUUUCCUAAAAGACCUAUUAUGCCUUUUUUGCAGAGAUUUUAAUCACGUAAAGUGAAUGUGUUAGCUUGCAUUUAAUUACUUGAUAUCAUUGGUUUUCCAGUUGUAAACCUUGGGCAUUUCUUUCAGAUCCUUAAAGUCAUGUGCUGUCACCUGCGAGAACACUCCUUUUUUUAAGAUUAAGCCAUUGAUUAGUUUUUACCAUCCCAUUUUUUUUUUUUCAAGAUUUGAGGCAGGCAGGGUCGAGGUACUGUAGAAAUUUUAUCAUGAUCAGUUCUGGGUGUGGAAACCUAUUCCCAUUUUCCAGUCUAACUGCUGACUUUUUUUUUUUUAACAUCCUAAGUAUUGUUUGGAAGAACAUGAUGAAUUAAAGCAGUUUUUGUAUGAAUCAGUCUUGCCCAAGUUAUACAUAGGUUAGAUACUGGGAAAAAGACUGGCUGUCAAGUUCUCAUCUUUCCCCUACUCCAGAUGUUGAUUAUCCACACUAUUUUCCUAUUUGGGAUUCUCAGCUUUAGCAUCACCAUUUCAUUUCUUCUUCUUAAGUUUGCCAGUGCUCUUGAUUUUCAUUUGUUUUCCCGGUUGCUAAGUUCGUUUCCAAAUCUGAGUUGCUUUUAUUGUUGUUUGAAUUGUUGGGGCAGGAAAGGUUUUGACCAUAGCUAUAAAGAGUGGAUGUAGGGAAUUUAAUGGCAUUUCUUAAGUUACUGUACUUAAUGCUUGGGAGAGUACAGUACAGUAGUUAGACACAAUCCCUGCCCAUAAGGAGUGGAGUCUACAGGGGGUGGCAGGCAUUAAAAUAACUUACAGAUUGGGGAAAGGGGAGAAUAUAAGACUAAGUCCUAUAGGCGGACUAUGGGUACAGAUCCACGUGCACAGAUGAUGCAGAAAGGAGGGCAAAUAGGGGAAAAUGAGGGCUUAGUCAGGGAAGGUAGCUUGGAGAUGUUAUUUAAGUAGGGUUUUGAUGGUGGGGAGCUUGGUGGACUAUUGGAUCCGAAACCAACAUAGCAUUUUUUUUUGAGGAAGUUGGGGCAAAGUAGAUUUUUACAGUCCCUCGUGUCAAAGGCUUGCCUUAUAAGCCUCUUCAGGGCAGGGAACUACCAACUCCAUUAUAAUUUACUCUCCCAAAUGCUUAGUACAGCACUCUGCACAGAGUGAGAGCUCAAUAACAACCAUUGACUGAUUGAUUAAGCAUCUCCAGCCCCACUUGAGCCAAGCCCCAGGACCGCGUUAACUGGAUCCAGGCAGAGAAGGGACCCAGACCUCACUUUGGUGGAGAGGGAUGUUAGAGCCCUCCCUAGGCUGGAUUUGCCUCAGCCAAAUUUGCAAAAAGAAGGGGAUGAUUGCUUAAACCUGUACAAGGCUCCAUUGCAUUAAAAAGCAAAAGAACCAUUAGGCACAGCAGAAACCAGAAGAACUUGAUAGGCCAUGAAGCUUUGCUUAUACCUGGAAAACUGGCUGUAAUUUAAGUGAGAGGAGAAAUGACUGGAAAGUUAAACUGUCAAACUUAAAGAUCUUACCUAAAUUCCCAAAGUCUGCUAGUGUUUGUUUAUUUUACUAUAUGAACCUUAAAAUAUGGUAUUUCAGAUUUUUUUUCUCAAGGUAGCUUCCCUAGCAUUCGUGUCAAGGUAGAAUUUAAAAAUGUAUAGUUUUAAAACUGUUUUCUAUAUUAUAAUGCAAGUGCUGGUUUGAGUGAAAUAUUUUAUUAAACUGUUUUGCUCUACUCUGCGA